CUCGAGCAUCCCGUAGUAGUCCUCAGCCGGGUCCUUUCUCCUCUCUAGCUCUUUCUCCACUCUGCAACUCUCCCUACUUCCCUGGGUGUCCAUUACAUCCACCCCUCCCCUUCCCUGGUCCAUCCCUGAACACAAGAGUGGGGGGUCAGACAGCUCAACAUGGAGGAGAGACAGAAGCCCAUUGAGGCACUGCAGUAGGCACACAGCGCCCCCUUGUCUCCCCAACAAUCCUCCUUUGUCCUCUGGUUCUGGCUGUUGCAGCUUGGUCCAGCUGGGUACUGCCUGGGCUGGGCUCCAGUUCCCACCUCCCUUAAAGGAAAAGAGAGAAAGGCUUAGCCAAAUAAGAGGGUUAAGGUUAUGGGAGGGGGCAUAAACGUCUUCAGGCUUUGGUUGCUGGGAACUCCUUGCUCUGCCUGUCUCUCUCCUAUCCCCCCCAAAUCCCCCAACUCCUCAGGUUUCUUUCCCAUGUCUUCCCUCCAUGUUCCUUCUUUCCUUCUUCAGGGUGGGUUAGGCCAGAGGAAGAGGAGGGUUAACCACCUCUCUCUCUCUCACCCUCCCCAUGCUUCCUAGGGGCCCUGCAGGCCAGUCUGGGCAGCUGGGUGAAGCUCAUCUGGGCAAACUUGCCCUGGGGACUGCCUUUCCCCAGAGUCCUACAGCAGACCCCAGCUUCACUUUCAGGCCCCUGUCUGCUUCUCUAACCACAUUUCUGUUUCCCUUCCUGGGCUGCUGGGAAUCUGGUGAGGGAGAGUCCGUGUCCCGUGAGCCUCACAGAGAUGUUCAGUGUUUGGGAUCGUCAGGAGCGGCCCCCAGAGGAAGGAACAGCUGCAGGACUCCAGGGCUUCGGAGUGGACAAGACCUUCCUGUCUUCCCUCAAAGGCAUCCUGCUGGAAACUGAGCUGGCCCUGACCUUCAUAAUCUUCAUUUGCUUCACGGCCUCCAUCUCUGCCUACAUGGCUGCAGCGUUGCUAGAGUUCUUCAUCACACUGGCCUUCCUCUUCCUCUACGCCACCCAGUGCUACCAGCGCUUCGACAGGCUUAACUGGCCUUGUCUGGGUUCUAAGCUCACUCCCUUGAAAGUACUUGACAUGUGUCUGGGGACAUCCAGGGCAGAAAUUCAAUCUCUGAGGACCAGACAGGAGAAGACGGCUAGUUUGGGAGACCUUCGGGUAAUGAAUCCUUCCAGCAUCCUCCAACCCCUCCUCCCUCUCCCUCUGGCUCCCCAGGACUUCCUCCGGUGUCUCAGCGCCAUCAUCAUCUUCCUGGUGGUCUCCUUUGCAGCUGUGACCUCGAGGGAGGGAGCUGCCAUUGCUGCUUUUGUGAGUUCAUUCCUACAGUGCUCUCCAGUACCCAGAACUUGUGGUUGGUACGGGCACACUUCCUGUGUCCCCAAACAAAGCCUGUGUCUGCUCACAUAUUAUUCUCUCACCUCUGGGCACCAUUCCCCACUCCCCUAGUCUGAUGGCCUCUGCUGUCCUCCGCCCCCCAUCCCUUUCCACAGGUUUUUGGCAUCAUCCUGGUCUCUGUUUUUGCCUAUGAUGCGUUCAAGAUCUACCGAACUGAGUUGAUGCCCAGGACCACAGAGGGUGAGUGUCUGCGCCCUGAGAAAGGAGACGCCCCUACCUCUUGUCCCAGAUACUGCAUACAUGGUUUCCCUGCCUGGCUGCCUCUCCACAGGGGACCAGCAGUGAUUCCAGGACUACCUCGCUCCCACGACCAGACACAAGGAACCAUAGAGCCCAUCUGUGUCGUCUUUGAAUUCACUGAACCCCGAGUGCCCACCAUCUACUCCACGUCUUCAGAGAUGUGCGCUUGAGAAAUGCCAGGGACCUGUGGGAAGUGGUGAAGUUCUGGGGGUCGGGGCAGGUUGCCAUGCCUCCAAGUCACUCCCAAAUUAAAAAAAAAAAAUCCUA